GAACCAAUCGGCAGCCCCUACUACAUCCCUUCCGUACAUUCACGCUGAGUGUGAUUUUCUGCACAUAGCGGAGCACGUUCUUGUUUCCUGUGGGAAUUCGUUUGGAGAAGCCUAGCUUGUUGGGUCUCAGCACGGCUCAGCACCUGCCCUCAAUAUCAGCCUGCUACAAGGUCUGCUGGACCCUCCUUGCCAGAUGUAGAGGGAGCUGUCAUCGACAGCAGCUGUGUACACGUUCCUUGCGCGGUCUAGUGAAGUAGCCUUACCAUGCGGGAAUACAAGCUAGUGGUCCUGGGGUCAGGAGGCGUGGGGAAGUCAGCACUGACAGUUCAAUUUGUGCAAGGCAUUUUUGUGGAGAAGUAUGACCCCACAAUAGAGGACUCCUACAGAAAGCAAGUGGAGGUGGAUGGACAGCAAUGCAUGCUGGAGAUCCUUGACACGGCCGGAACUGAACAGUUCACGGCCAUGAGGGACCUCUACAUGAAGAACGGCCAGGGCUUCGCUCUGGUCUACUCCAUCACGGCACAGUCGACGUUCAACGACCUGCAGGACCUGCGGGAGCAGAUCCUCAGAGUCAAGGACACCGAGGAUGUUCCCAUGAUCCUGGUGGGCAACAAGUGCGACCUGGAGGACGAGCGCGUGGUGGGGAAGGAGCAGGGGCAGAACCUCGCCCGCCAGUGGAACAACUGUGCCUUUUUAGAGACCUCAGCUAAAUCAAAGAUCAACGUAAACGAGAUUUUCUAUGACCUGGUGCGACAGAUCAAUAGAAAAACGCCGAUGGAAAAGAAGAAGGCCAAGAAGAAGUCCAACUGCACGCUGCUGUAAGAGGCCGGUGAGCCACAGCGCUAAGCCAGAUCCCUGUAAUGAUUAGCUGUUGCCCAUUCGGAUGGUGCCAGCAUUCCAAGCCCACUCUGGAUCCCAUCGACAACGGCUGACAGAGAACCACUUCACCACUCUGGAGAGGAGACGGCACAUUAUUUUAAGAUUUUCUUCUCUCUUUUUAAUGGUGAAGAGCCCCCCCCCCCAAAACAAGUAAUUCAUCAUUGUUGGCCUUGGUUGAUGACAACUGUUAUCUUUCUUUUCAACGGUCUUAUCUUUUAACAAAAUGUCAGGUUUCAAGGAAAGACCAUAUAAUAUAUGGAGACUAAAGUGUUUUAUGAAAGUAACACAACUGUUUUUUUUUGGCAUAUUGUGACUGUUUGCAAAAGGAAUCAUGUACGUGGGCCUUCUUAUGCCUUCUUCUGCACUAACCGUGUCAACAACAUGCAUUGUGGUCCAUAGGUUUCAUACUGCUAGGAAGUGUCUUCGUGAGAUCGCAUCUCUCCUAUAAGUGACUUUGUUUUAUAUUGAAAGCUGCCAGGCUUUCAUAUUUCCCAUAAUAUAUUCUAAUUCCAUUUUUGCAUAAUGAAGCUAAGGAAAUUAGUAUUUUAUAGACUGAUGGGUGAAAUUACGCUUUUUUUUUUCUGUCUUGAAGCUGAAAUUAUAUUGUACUAACUCUAAUAAUUCUUCUUGUGUUACCCUGUCACACAUGAUUUUCCAGCUUUUAUGAAUGAUUAAAUUUUAGUACAUUUUCA